GGAUGGCCUUCCCUUCUGGAAUGGUGGCUUUUGCACCACCACCACCACCACCACCACCACCAAACGCCGGUAGCAAUACAUCAAAGGUACGCAAAAUCAUCCCUUCUUCUAAUCGUUGCUGCUCAACUUCUUCUUCUUCAGUUACAAAUAACAUUACAACCAUUGAAUCACAAGAAACUUCUAAGAAAUUUAGCUACAGCAGAGCAUCUCCUUCUGUGAGAUGGCCCAACCGUAAAGAACUCAUCGAAAAUCAUAACUCACAGCAAACCCAGUUCCCGGUUUCACCCACGACACCACAAUUUCAUGUUUUUGAAGAUGAAUGUUUGAGUAGUGAGCCAAAAGAUAAGGAAAUCGAAGGAAAGGAUGAGCCUUUGGAUACGAAUGAUGAAACGCUAAAAGGGUUCGGUUGGCAGAGUCGUCGAGUGGCAAAGAAAAUGACUAAAUUGGCUUUGAAAAGAGCCAAAGAUUGGAGACAAAGGGUUCAAUUCUUAACUGAUAAGAUAUUAGGGUUAAAAUCUAAUGAAUUUGUGGCUGAUGUGUUGGACGAUAAACUGGUUCAAAUGACACCUACUGAUUUCUGUUUCUUGGUGAAAGGAGUCGGAAAAUCGAGCUGGCAAAGGGCGUUGGAGGUUUACGAAUGGCUAAAUCUUUGCCAAUGGUAUUCUCCGAAUGCCCGAAUGCUUGCAACUAUACUAGCUGUUCUUGGUAAAGCAAAUCAAGAAUCUUUAGCUGUAGAGAUUUUUGAGCGAUCUGAGGAAGGGGUAGAUAGUUCUAUACAAGUUUACAAUGCUAUGAUGGGGGUUUAUGCUAGAAACGGCCGGUUUGGUAAAGUUCAAGAAACGCUUAAUCGAAUGCGUGAAAAGGGAUGUGAACCGGAUCUUGUUAGUUUCAAUACAUUGAUCAACGCCCGUUUUAAGUCCACUUCAAUGGAACCAAAUAUGGCACUUGAUCUUUUAGGUGAAGUAAAAAGGUCAGGGCUUCAACCCGAUAUCAUUACUUACAAUACUCUUUUGAGUGCUUGUUCGCGUGAUUCCAACUUGGAGGAGGCGGUCAAGAUCUUUAAAGAUUUGGAAGCAAAUAGAUGUCAACCUGAUUUAUGGACUUAUAACGCGAUGUUAUCGGUUUAUGGUAGAUGUGGAUUGUGUAAUGAAGCAGAAUUGUUGUUCAAGGACAUAGAGUCCAAAGGGUUCGUUCCAGAUGCAGUAACUUAUAAUUCUUUGCUCUAUGCUUUUGCUAGAGAAGGGCAUGUCGAUAAGGUCAAGAAACUUUGUGACGAGAUGGUGAAAUUGGGAUUUGGAGAGGAUGAGAUGACUUAUAAUACUGUUAUUCAUAUGUACGGGAAGUUGGGUCAAUAUGAUUUAGCGUUGCAGCUGUAUAGAGAUAUGAAAUCCCGUGGUCGUGAUCCUGACGUUGUUACGUAUACCGUUCUUGUUGAUUCUUUAGGGAAAGCUAAUAAGAUUGCCGAGGCUGCAAAUGUGAUGUCGGAAAUGGUGGAUGCUGGGAUUAAGCCAACUUUGAGAACUUAUAGUGCUUUGAUAUGCGGAUAUGCGAAGGCUGGGAAGAGAGCUGAGGCUGAACGGACGUUUGAUCGUAUGGUGAGGUCUGGAAUUAAGCCGGAUCUUCUUGCGUAUUCGGUUAUGUUGGAUAUUUACUUGAAGUUUGAUGGACAUAAGGCGAUGAUGUUGUAUAACAAUAUGGUUCGAGAUGGGUUCACCCCAGAUCUUUCUCUUUACGAGUUGCUGGUCCAAUCUCUUCAGCGUGAAAACAAAGACGACUACGUUCACAAAGUAAUUAACGAUAUGCAGAAGUUAUGCGAGUUAAACCCACAAGUCAUUUCGUCUAUUCUCGUUAAGGGUGAGUUCUAUGACUAUGCUGCUAAAAUGCUAAAACUUGCCAUUUUGGAAGGUUUCCAGUUGGAUCAAGAAAACUUGUUAUCUAUAUUGAGUUCAUACAGUUCAUCUGGAAGACAUUCAGACGCACUAAAUUUACUCGAUUUUCUAAAAGAGCAUUCGCCUGGAUCGCAUCAUAUUGUAACGGAAGCUCUGAUUGUUAUUCUUUGCAAGUCUAACCAAUUAGAUGCUGCCUUGGCUGAAUACAGAAAGAGUAGGAAUUCUAGUUUGUUUAACGGGAGCUGUUCCAUGUAUGAAUCUCUUAUUAAGGCCUGCGAGGAGGCUGAACUUUUCUCCGAAGCUUCUCAGGUGCUUUCAGACAUGACUUUUAUCGGAGCACGACCUUCUAAAGUCAUUUAUACGAGUUUAGCACUUAUGUACUGUAAAAUGGGCUUUCCAGAGACUGCUCAUGACUUGAUGGAUCGGGCUGAAUCAAAAGGAAUAUCAGUUGAUGAGAUUUCCGUUUAUGUUGAUCUUAUCGAGGCUUACGGAAAGGUGAAUCUUUUGGAGAAGGCGGAGAGUGUGGUUGGGAGUCUUAGACAAAGAUUUCCUGUUGUAGACCGAAAAGCUUGGAAUGCACUAAUACAAAUGUACGCUUCAAAAGGUCAAUACGAGAAAGCAAGAGCUGCUUUCAAUACCAUGAUGAGAGACGGGCCUUCUCCGACAGUAGAAUCCAUUAACGGGCUUAUGCGGGCUUUGAUUGUCGAUGAGAGAUUGAACGAGCUAUAUGUUGUGGUUCAAGAACUUCAAGAUAUGGGAUUCAAGAUCAGCAAAAGUUCGAUCUUUUUGAUGCUUGACGCAUUUGUGCAAACUGGGAAUGUGUUUGAAGUGAAGAAAAUAUACAACGGAAUGAAGGCUGCUGGUUAUUUUCCCACGAUGAAUCUUUAUAGAGUAAUGAUUGGUUUGCUUUGUAGGGUAAAACAUGUGAGGGAUGCCGAAGCCAUGGUUGAUGAAAUGGUCGAAGUUGGAUUCAAACCCGAUCUUUUUAUAUGGAAUUCUUUGCUCAGAUUAUAUACGAACAUUGAAGAUUAUAGGAAAACAGCUCAAGUGUACCAGAAGAUUAAAGAUGAUGGAUUUAAACCAGAUGAAAAUACAUACAAUACUUUGAUAGUGAUGUAUUGUAGAGAUCGUAGACCCGAAGAAGGAUUGUCGUUAAUGGAUGAAAUGGUCAAAGAAGGUUUAGAUGCUAAGUUGACCACUUAUAAGAGUCUCAUCGCAGCUUUCGGUAAGCUACAAAUGGUGGAACAAGCCGAGGAGCUUUUCGGGAAGAUGAGACGUAAAGGGUAUAAUCUGGAUCGUUCUUUUUAUCAUAUAAUGAUGAAGAUAUAUAGAAGCACAGGACAAAAUUCUAAAUCCGAAGAGUUACUUAAAUUGAUGAAAGAAGCGGGAAUUGAACCCACGAUUGCUACGAUGCAUUUGCUUAUGAUCUCUUAUGGGAGCUCGGGAAAUCCUGAAGAAGCUGAAAAAGUGCUGAAUGGUUUGAAGUCAAGUGGGGAGAGCUUAAGUACGCUAACGUAUUGUUCGGUUAUAGAAUCUUAUUUCAAGAAUCGGGAUUAUAUCGUUGGAAUUCAAAAGCUUACGGAGAUGAGGAGAGAAGGCAUAGAGCCAGACCACAGGAUAUGGACCUGUUUCAUUAGGGCUGCUAGUUUAUGCAAGACUGUAAAUGAAGCAAUGAUGAUCUUGAAUGCCAUUAAAGAUGCUGGUUUUGAUCUUCCAAUCGAGCUUUUGAAGAACUCAGAAUCGAUGGUGAUGGAGAUAGACCAGGUUCUGGGAGAACUGAAACCCGUGGAAGAUAAUGCGGCGCUUAACUUUAUAAACGCUGUAGAAGAUCUUUUAUGGGCAUUUGAGCUUCGCGCCACAGCUUCAUGGGUGUUUCAACUCGCAGUCAAGAAAGAUAUAUAUCGCCAUGAUGUCUUCAGGGUCGCUGAUAAGGACUGGGGAGCUGAUUUCAGAAAGUUGUCCGCCGGUGCUGCUCUUGUAGGUCUUACGUUAUGGCUUGACCACAUGCAGGAUGCAUCCUUGGAGGGUUUUCCACUAUCUCCAAAAUCUGUUGUGUUGAUCACAGGGGUUUCUGAAUACAAUGAUGUAUCUUUAAACAGUACAUUGAAAGCUUAUCUUUGGGAAAUGGGAUCUCCAUUCUUGCCAUGUAAAACUCGAAGCGGGUUACUCGUGGCAAAAGCUCAUUCUCUAAGAAUGUGGUUGAAAGAUUCGCCGUUUUGCUUGGAUCUUGAAUUGAGGAAUAGCGUUACCAUCCCGGAGACCAACUCAAUGCAACUCAUUGAAGGAUGUUACAUACGACGUGGUCUUGUUCCUGCUUUUCAAGAUAUAUCUGCACGACUUGGGCAAGUUAGACCGAAGAAGUUUGCUAGGUUGGCAUUGAUGUCGGAUGAGAAAAGAGAUAAAGCUAUUCGGGCUGAUAUAGAUGGGAGAAGAGAGAAACUGGAAAAGGUGAGAAGGUUUGGGGUUACAAGAAAGAAGCCUUCUCAAAUGAGGAGAUACGUAAGAAAGGAGGUUGUCAAACAUUGAAGCCUAGCAAGAUGAUCACUUUCAACUUUGACUUGCUUUCAUGGUCAAGAUGGUUGCUUUCAACUUUGACUUUCAGGGUCAAGAUGAUUAAGUUCAUGGUCAAGAUGAUUACUUUCAACUUUGACUUUCAGGGUCAAGAUGAUUAAGUUCAUGGUCAAGAUGAUUACUUUCAACUUUGACUUUCAGGGUCAAGAUGAUUACUUUCAACUUCGAAAACGGAAGGAUUUUGAAGGCAGCCAUUGCUAGUCAUUUUGAAGUGGUGCAGAGUUGGGAUGAGAAUGAACUCUGAUCUGGUCUACAUGGGUUUUAGACUUGAGGUUUGUCGGGUUUGAUGGGCAUGUUCAAGAAUGGGUAUCGCGAUGAAGCUCUAAGUUUGAUCGAGUGAAAGAAGCAGAGCGAUUUUUUCUUGUUGAAAUCGGAUAAUGUUGAAGCUGCUUGUGGUUGUUUGUGAUUCUAAUG